AUGUCGGCUUCGAUAACUAGCAGCACGCCUAUGAAGGAAGAGCUGGAACUCAAAAAGCAAUUAAUGGAGGAAAAAGAAAAUAAACGUAAAUUAAACGUAUCCACUUCAGUAACCAAAAAACCCAAAGACGUAAAAAAUAAACCAAAGAAAAAACCUAACAAAGAGCGGGAUGGCGUUAAGACAAAGUCGAAAGAUGCAAGUAGUGAAGAAAGUAAGCAGAAAUAUUAUUGCCCAGGGUGUGGAGAAUUGUAUGUCGACCCAAGUACAGAAAAUUGGGUCCAGUGUACUGGGUGCUUGGAAUGGUGGCACGACAAAUGCUCUAGAUUUGAGGGCAGCAGUGACUUUAAGUGCGAUUUUUGCGACUAG